CGUAACCGCCAUAACACGGAGGAACAAAUCUUCCAUCAACCAUAAUACCAACCUACCAAAUGUGUUCUUCUGCUCAAUCUCACUUCCUUCUCUCUCUUCCCUCUUCCUCACCUCCUCUUCUUUCUUCUUUCCAGAAACCCAAUCAUAUUCCCUGCCAAUCUUCUCAACCUUCAACCUCUGUCACUGCUCUAUCUCCGACACCCAUUUCCCACUCCCGCUCUCACCCUUCAUGGAUUGAGUCCAUUCGCUCCAAAACCAACUCCAAUCUAUUCCACGAAGCCGUUUUAGUCUAUGUUGACAUGAUUCUUUCGGGUGUUCCACCCGAUAACUUUGCCUUCCCUGCUGUCCUCAAAGCUGUGACGGCUCUUCAUGACCUCGAUUUAGGGAGACAGAUUCAUGCUCAUGUUUUCAAAUUUGGGUAUGGAUACAAGUCUGUUACUGUGGCCAAUACCCUUGUGAAUAUGUACAGUAAAUGUGGAGACGUGGUAGAUGUUUAUAAGGUAUUUGAUAAAAUAGUUGAGAGAGACCAAGUUUCUUGGAAUUCGAUGAUUGCCGCUUUGUGUAGGAUUGAAGAGUGGGGGCUUGCUUUAGAUACAUUUAGAUUGAUGCUAGAUGACAAUGUUGCGCCUAGCUCGUUUACUUUGGUGAGUAUGGCGCUAGCUUGUUCAAAUAUUGGUCUCCGUAAUGGUCUUAAGCUAGGGAAGCAAGUCCAUGCCUAUAGUUUGAGAACGGGUGAUUGCAAGACAUUUACCAACAAUGCUUUGAUGGCUAUGUAUGCUAAACUAGGAAGAGAUGAUGAUGCUAAAGCUUUAUUUGAGCUGUUUGAAGAGCGUGAUUUAGUUUCAUGGAACACGAUGUUGAGUUCAUUAUCUCAGUGUGAACAGUUUAAAGAAGCAUUGUCAUUCUUGGGCUCCAUGGUUUCUCAGGGGAUUAAACCAGAUGGUGUCACAAUAGCUAGCGUGCUCCCUGCCUGCUCGCAGUUGGAGAAGUUAGAUUUAGGAAAAGAAAUUCAUGCUUAUGCCUUGAGAAAGGACAUUUUAAUUGAGAAUUCUUAUGUUGGUAGUGCUUUGGUUGACAUGUAUUGCAAUUGCAGACAGGUUGAAAGUGGCCGCCAAGUUUUUGAUAGUAUCUUGGAUAGAAAAAUUGGUCUCUUUAAUGCCAUGAUCACUGGUUAUGCACAAAAUGAAUAUGAUGAAGAAGCAUUGAUGCUCUUCAUUGAGAUGGAAGAGGUAGGUAGGUUUUGUGCAAAUGCAACUACAAUAGCGAGCAUUGUGCCUGCUUGCGUGCGUUGUGAAAGAUUCCCUAAGAAAGAAGUGAUACAUGGGUAUGUGAUAAAGAGAGGUUUGGAUGGGGACAGGUUCGUUCAAAAUGCAUUAAUGGAUAUGUACGCUAGGAUGGGCAAGGUAGAAAUUUCGGAGUUCAUAUUUGAUGGCAUGAAUGUUAGAGAUAUAGUGUCAUGGAACACAAUGCUUACAGGUUAUGCUAUUUCUGAGAGCCAUGAUGAUGCAUUUCUUUUGCUACAUGAGAUGCAAUGUUUAGACAGAAAGGGGAAUGUAAAUGAUGAAUAUUAUAAGGAUAUGACCCAAGUUGCUUUUAAACCUAACUCAAUAACCCUCAUGACAGUCCUUCCUGGUUGUGCUGCCCUGGCAGCAUUAGCGAAGGGCAAGGAGAUACAUGCUUAUGCUGUCAAAAACAUGUUGGUGUUAGAUGUUGCUGUUGGAAGUGCUUUAGUUGACAUGUACGCAAAAUGUGGUUGCUUGAACAUAUCAAGAAGAGUGUUUGAUCAGAUGCCUAUCAAAAAUGUGAUCACUUGGAAUGUUAUUAUCAUGGCUUAUGGGAUGCAUGGAAAAGGACAGGAAGCCUUAGAAUUGUUCAGGAAUAUGGUAGCAGGAGGUUCUGGUGCAGGAGUUAAGCCAAAUGAAGUCACUUAUAUUGCAAUUUUUGCAGCUUGUAGUCACUCAGGGAUGGUAGAGGAAGGCCUUGACCUGUUCCACAAAAUGAAAAAAGACCAUGGUAUUGAAUCUUCCGCAGAUCAUUAUGCCUGCAUCGUAGACUUGCUUGGUCGAGCUGGUAGAGUGGAGGAAGCAUAUCAACUCAUCAAUUCAAUGCCUGCUGAAUUUGACAAGGCUGGUGCGUGAGUAGCUUGCUUGUGCUUGUAGGAUCCACCAGAUGUAGAAUUGAGAAUUGCU